AGAAGAGCUAGUGAAAAAUGAUAUCAUCAUUCCGAAAAAAAAUUCGAAUUUGGUGUUUCAAUACGCCUCUUAUAUUAAACAUUUGAACUACAAAAAUUUAAGUGACGCGAUCAGGGACUGGUUAAGGGAGACUUGGGCCUAUCAUAAAUAUAUUGACCACGAGCAGGCAGCCCUUUGUGUUAUGCACACCCUCCUUGAAUUGUUUUUGAAGAUGUCAGCAGUUAUCAGGAAUUUGGAAGAUUGGUCUAUUCACGAAAAUGUCGAAGCUAUGCAAAUGCUUCUAGUUCAUCCAAGUUUGCAAAACUUGUUCCUAAAUAUUCAAUUUCUUAGUAUUGAUUUGAAGCCAGAAAGAGAUCAUUGGAUUUCCAACGUUCUUCCAAAGACAUGCAGGAAAUUGAAAUCAUUAAGCGUCAGAAGAAUUUCGGCAAGAGAUUCAAGCAUUCAGUCGUUAUGUCCACUACUAGUUGCUCAACAUGAAUUGGAAAAUUUGACUUUUUAUGGAGGAAAAUGCUAUUAUGAAAUUUUGGGAAAGGAUCUAAUCCAUCAGGCAGAUCGAUUGAAGCUAAUUACUCUUGAUCGAGCGGAUAUGAAAGAAAGCGCACCAUGGACAGCUUUUGCGAAGUGUAAGAACCUGGAAGUCCUGAAUAUCAGGCAAUGUUUUAACCUAACUCGAUCGAUGGUGUUUCCUAUUUUUUCUGCUAAUUUUUCCAGACUGAAGGAAAUUUCCAUUUUGAGAAAUUUGCCAAAGGCUGUGCAUAAGGAUUUGGUUGGAUGGUCAAGAGAAUAUCAAAUGAUGAAAGGAUGA